CUAUGACAUAUCUUGUUUUUAUAAGUUAGUGUGUAGUUGUUCAAUCGAAUCCAAUUACGUAAGGACAUCUUGUACUAUUAAAAAUAAUAGUAAUAUAAUGUCGUUCUUACUUAAACGCUCUGUUGGGAGUGGAUACAGUUUGGGGCGUAGCAUUUUAAACAAUGUGAAAUCCCCGGCCGUCCAACGCGUGGCCACCAAAGCUGAUCAAGCUGCUCCUCCUACUGAGACUCGACCGACUGUUGCUAAAUUAGAUCCACUACAAAAAGCUCAUCUCGUAGAUUUUGGAAAGUAUAUUGCAGAAUGUAUGCCGAAAUACGUCCAGAAAGUACAGCUGACGGCUGGCAAUGAGCUGGAAGUCUUGAUACCACCAGAAGGUGUCAUUCCAGUGCUGCAGUUUUUGAAAGAUCACCAGAGCGCUCAGUUUACGAAUCUUGUAGACAUUGCAGGCAUGGAUGUACCAAACAGGCCUAACAGAUUUGAGAUAAUUUACAACUUGCUUUCUUUGCGCUACAAUGCCAGAAUUCGAGUUAAGACAUACACUGAUGAAUUGAGCCCUGUCGACUCUGCCAAUGAUGUUUUCAAGGCUGCAAAUUGGUACGAACGAGAAAUCUGGGAUAUGUAUGGAGUAUUCUUUGCUAAUCAUCCCGAUCUAAGAAGGAUCCUGACAGAUUAUGGUUUUGAAGGCCACCCUUUCAGAAAAGAUUUCCCUCUCAGCGGGUAUGUGGAGGUGCGUUAUGAUGAUGAACAGAAACGUGUUGUUGUUGAACCUUUGGAACUAGCACAAGAAUUCAGACGCUUUGAACUGAGUGCUCCAUGGGAGCAGUUCCCCAACUUCCGUAGCAAUCCUGCAUCAGAAGAAGUGGUCAACCCUGCUGAAGACAAACCUAAGCAGUAGUUCAAUGUAUUGAGACUAAUGUUAAUGUAGUUCAUCUCUGUACCAACUUAUUCAAUCUAUUUAAUUUACAUUUAUUAAAGAUCAGUUGUUUGGUUCAAUGAUUUUAAAUUUUACUAAGGAGGUUUAUCUAAUUUUUUUUCUCAGCCCUAAACACGAAACAAGUACUAGUUUGAAAUCAAUUCUGAUAUAAUCUUUUAACAUUAAAUGUAAGCAAAUAAUGUAGAUUUAUCUCAUAAAGUUUAAACAAAUGUAAUAAAUACUAGAGCAACU